ACCUCCAUCUCUGCUGAUCCACAGCUCAUCACCCCUCACUCUGUUACCUGAAGCUCUCCUUCAGGCUCCUACAAAGCUCAGAAUACUUCUUUUCCUUUUUUAAAUCACCAGAUGUGUGAGAACCGCUGGAUGAUUUAGCACCUGGAAGCAACAUCUGGGAUUUGAAUUUGAGACAAAUGGGACCAUGUGCUUUUCUCUCUCUGGAAGUGGUCGACUUUACGAGAACUCUUUGGGGGAUCCAGGCACCGUUUUCCAAAGGCAAGACAUCAUAUCUGUGGACACCCCGUGGACUGGCGCUGCCUACUGGAGCGGGCGUAGCGGCAGGCUGCCAUCUUUAAUCAUCCUCAGUGUGGUAUUUCCAUGGAGAAAGGAUUGAAAUGGCUUUUUUAUUUCACUUCUGAUUCAUUUGCUCUUCCAAAUGAAAGAAUGAGGAUCAGAACCAUUUCUGGUGAAUAAUGGAGGAAAACAGGACGUUGCUACCCUCUGAGCUCAAAGAGUGCACCUCCGUUUGGUCGCCGAUGCCCUCGUCUCCCAGCAGACUGCUGGGAGCUCCUCCCAACCCACAGACGCGCCUCAAGGACCUGACAGGGAUGGUUUUCAUGGUGACUCUGAACGUUCUGGCUCUCCUGGCCAACACUGCUGUUCUGGUGGUUGUCAUCAAAGCGCCUCAUUUCAGGAAGUUUGCCUUUGUGUGCCACCUGUGUGCGGUGGACCUGCUGUGUGCCAUCCUCCUCAUGCCUCUGGGCAUCGUCUCCAGCUCGCCGUACUUCGCUGACGUGGUGUUCACCAUGAUGGAGUGUCAGGUCUACGUCUUCCUCAUCGUGAUCCUUAUAGCUGCCUCCAUCUUCACCAUCACAGCCAUAAGUGUGGAGCGUUACUACUACAUCGUCCACCCCAUGCGUUAUGAAGUAAAGAUGACCCUGAAGCUUACAGCAGCUGUACUGGUGCUGGUGUGGGUGGCUGCUGCCACACUGGGCCUCUCCACUGUCUUUAAAUGGCCAUCCUAUGGCGGCCGGAGCUCCAUCAGUGCUGCUCACUGCUUGCUUCACUGGAGCCACAGCGACCACAGACGUAUUUUCUCGCUGCUGUUCAGCGUCACCUGUUUCUGUCUGCCUUCUGUGGUGAUAUUUGCUGUUUAUUGCAACGUCUAUAAGGUGGCUCGAGUUGCUGCCCGGCAACACAGACCGUUGCCCUCAUGGACAAUCAAUCAGCUGAAGCAUCGCUCUGAUUCCAUCAACAGCCAGACCACCAUCAUCACGACUCACAACGCUCCCCGCAGGAGGACUCGCGACCAUCUCUUUGGCAGAAGUAAAGCGGCUCUCACUCUGGUGGUCAUUGUUGGACAGUUUCUGAUCUGCUGGCUGCCUUACUUCGCCUUUCACUUCCAUCUCACUCUAGACAAAACAGCUCACAUUCCUCCCGACGUGGAGGUUGUGGUCACCUGGUUGGCGUAUUCCUCCUUCGCUAUGAAUCCGUUCUUCUACGGGCUUCUCAACAGACAGAUCAGGGAGGAGCUCCUGAAGCUGCGGCGCUGCUACUCAUCCCGCCCAGCAGAGCUGGCUGCUUACGGCCACGACGGCCCAGGCCACGAGAACUUCCUGCAGUUUCUUCGCAGGACCAGUUGCACUCUGGAGACACGAGUGAGCUUUGCCACUCCCAGUCAUAGAAGUACUUUGGAUCAAACUGGGCACACUGGUUUCAGGAUACCUGGUCAGAUCCCAGAAGAGUUCAGUUAGACAAACAUCAGUGUCAUACCACGGCAUCCAUAGCGCUCUGGAUUUAAGGCAAUAGCUGUGUUUCCACUAUAGAAAUUCAGCAAAUACAUUU